AUGAAACGAACUCAGUCAUUGUUAACUUUUUUUAAAAAAUCUAAACAGUCAACCGAUCUGGAACGAACUGUUCCAUCUUUAUCAAAUGUUUUCCAAGAUGAAGACACUGUGGCUUCUGAAACAAAACAAGCCGCUUCAAGUGUAGAAGUUAGAUCUCCGGUAAUUAAACAUAUUUUAGAUUCUAAGUUUGAUAUAGGAGCUUAUGUUGAGUUUAAACAAAAUUUAAGUGUCGAAGAAAAGGUUUCUAUUUUACAAAACGUAUGGACCCCUGAUUGUAUUGCUAUAAAGUUAAAUGUUGAACCAAAAAUACCUCGAACAUGCAGCAAUCAAAAAAAUAGAAGCAAUGUCCCGUUUAAUAAUAUUGAAGAUUUUUACAAAAAAACUAUUUUUAUACCGUAUUCGGACGAUUUAAUAAUGGCAUUAAAUGAAAGAUUUUUACCUCAUAAUGAAACUAUAAUUUCAUUACAAUUUGUCUUACCUCGUAUCAUAGUUGAAAAACCAUUUUUUAGUUUAAAAAAAGCUGUCGAAUCUUAUAAAAGUGAUUUACCUGGGCUAAACGACAUUAUAGAAGCAGAGUAUGAAAUUUGGCAGGCUAAAUGGAAAAAUAUUGAAGAAAACUUAAGACCUGCAACUGCUAUAGAAGCUCUAAGAGCCUGUGAUCGUUUAAUGUACCCUAACAUAUUUGAAUUACUAAAAAUACUAGCUAUAAUUCCAGUAUCCACCGCUACGGCUGAACGCAGCUUUUCUACUCUUAGAAGACUUAAAACAUAUUUAAGAAAUACAACUUCUGAGUCCAGGCUAGUAGGACUAGCACUUUUAUCCAUUCACCGAGACAUUGAUGUAAAUGAUGAUAUGGUAUUAGACAAAUUUGCCAACAGUGGUAAAGAGAGAAAUUUGAAUUUAAUAUAA